GGUAGAGUACAUUAAAACACUUGGUAAACCUACACGCUGCUCUCUCUGUGAACGUUCUCAGCUGACGUCAUUACGAGAUGUCAGAAUAACACAGCGGGACUACCUUGAUGAGGAAUACUCGUAUCCAACCAUCUAGCUUAACCUUACAGUACCGAAGCCUUCAGUUCUCAGAUCAUUUUUUCCAGGUGGAAUUUCCUUGACCUCUAGCAGUAACAACAAAUCUUUAACUGCUGAUUAUGAGUUUAAAACACUUUAUAGACUGCAUGACUUUUCAAAGUACAGUUAUUCCAGCCCUGAUAGUGAUAAAAAUUAUCAGAGAACUUUGAGUUUCCCAUGUUUUAUGGGAUUCCGACAUGAACCGUGUUAUCUGCUGAAUACAAAGUGUACUCUGCUUCCAUCACAUCCGUAUCGAGCUUAUCCAUGUUAAAAACAAGUUUUGAAGAAACAGCGGUUUCAGAACGUACUUACAAUAUCACGACGUAUAAAGUUUCUGGUAUGUAUAAUUUCUUCCUCUGUAAAGUCCGGUGUUGUUGACUUCUCAAUAUUUAAUGAAGAAACUAAAAAACAUUUUGGUUCCUGUAUUUAUCUUAGCUGUUGGUUAUUUUGAAAGAAGGUGGUAAAAAGUCUUUUGCAUGCAUUUUUGAUUUAAAGCAAUGCAAAGAAUGACAUGUUGCCAUGUGGGUGUUUCUCUUGCUUGUUGUUGCCUUUUGAAUAUUUUAUUAGCUACAAUAUUUUAUUAGCUCAAUGUAAAGAAUGAUAGCUUUUUUCAGUUUACUGUCUAGAUUCAUGGAAAUCCACGAUAGCUGUUGCUUUCUCUCCUGAGGAAGAAGACGUCUCAUAUGUGUUUGAACCUGUUCCAGAUAAUGUAACAUUCCAAAUGUACAACGUUUCGCUAAUAGAUGCAUAUAAUAACACAUUGUAUAGGCAUCAGCGUAUUUUCAAAGAACAGCCAACUCAGAAUGUCUUUCUGGACGUAGAGGAUGGAAUUUAUAAUAUUUUAAGAGAGGUGAAUACUACAGACUAUAAUUGUCCAGAGAGUUGUAGAUACACAAGGUCUCACAGUUUCAUAGUUGGAAAUUUUCAACCAUUACAAGUUAGAGUUAGGGGAGACAGCAAAGACCCUACUGAGCUAAUAAAAAUGGCAGCCAUUUUGAUUGGUAGUGGGGUUGUUUUACUUCUGUUACUCCUUGGUAUCCUUUGUCACCUUCGGCGGAAAAAAGAUUACGAUGUGCCAGUUUUUUUAAACGGACUUCUGAUUUAUUCCAGUGAUAGUAGAAAAACCAAUACUUUAGCCAGUGAAUUUGCAAAAUUCUGCAUGGAAAAAAUACAAAUACACAUUUCUUAUCUGAAACCCCAAAAUGACAUCGUUCUAAGAGAUUAUACAACAUGGCUCAAUAGAAAACUUGAGAGAUCAAAGAUAAUUAUCAUAUUUUGGACUCCAGAGUUUAUUCGGGAGCAAGAAGAAGGUGUUAUUACUUCCAGCCAUUUAAAAACAGGUGUUAAUCUAGCACUGAAUUUAGAACACAACGUCAAUAGGAAAUUAGCAUGCAUAUAUUUUAACAAAUCACACAAAACAUCUAUUCCAAGCGGCCUUUGGAUGACAGCUCGUAUAUUUUUAUUUCCAGAACAAUUCUCUCAUUUCUGUUCUUAUAUAAGAAAACACAAAUCCAUUCGAAAUUACAAAUUGACUAAAGCACUCAAACGCGCAAUUUUUUAUUUAAAUAUAAAUAAUAGGGCAGUGGAAACAACCAACGAUUGUCACACUAUCCCUGCAAGACAUAUAAAUGAUGAAAAAAUAGAAUCUGAUGAUGAAGAUGAUAUUAUUUCUAAUGAUGGUCAUCACAUUUUGUGGAAAUCUAAAUCGUGUUGGAGGGAAAAUCAACCCUUGAUGGGAACUUAUGAUUCAAUGACUUCGUUUUCCGAUUCCCCACAUGUUAAAAAGAAAUCAACUUUCAUUGAGAACCCAUCAUUACAAGACAAAAGUAAGAGUCAAAUGUCAACUGGAAUAUCAAAAAGGAUACCAGCCAUGGUACAUGAACGUAUCGUCUGAUAGCGUUCCUACUCUGAAAUUAUUUGGAUCAGGUACAAACAGUGAGCACAGUCAUUCAAGCAGAAGUCCUAGCUCUAGUAUUUAUAGCAUUACUAGACUACAAUUAAAGAAAAUUCCUUCCACUUUGGAAGAUAAAGAUCUGCCCUCUCAAUCUUCAGGUUAUGAAGACUGUGAACCUAUCAAAACACCACAUUCGUCAUAUGAAUCACUGAACUCUUCAUGCACUUCAGCUCCACAUCUUUAUCAGGAAUUAUUACCAACUACUGAAACAGGGCAAAUAAAUGUACAAGACUUGGAUAGCAAAGAGGCUUAUCCCAAUGCCAGUGUCAGAAAUAGUAAAACUGUUCACGGUAUUGACGUUUUGCCAUACUGUAUGAAGUGUUCAAAGGUACCAUCCAAAGAAGACAGAACUUCAGAGAGUUUUCGUGACAAUAAUGAUAAUUACAGUAACCGCAGUGAAAAUAUAACAAGUUUAGACAUUGAUACUUGUGAAUUUACAUAGCAUCAGCCACCAAAACGUACUAUUUUCCUGAUAAACUGAACAUAGAAUAGAUUUGAUUAAUAUGUAUCAUUAAAUUCAAUGUUGCUAUUAGGGAAAAUUAUGUUUUC